UACAACUUCGGUGAAUCAGUCAAUCGGAACUGCCUCUGGGACCCUGCGGAGCAAAAUUUGUUGCUCAGGGUCCUCUCGUUUUCUCUCUCUCUCCGCCCUUGAUCCAAAUCUUCACCCACUGUUCUUGAUUCUCCCUCUUCUUGAGCUCUCCACUGCUCCUACUUCAGCUCCGAAUUCUCUACGUUUAGGAAUAAACUUGGGCUUUUCUUUUCAACUGUUGUAAUUGGGAGGAAGAUGUCUUCUGUUGGUGAAGACACCCAUUGGUGCUAUCAAUGCAACCAUUCAUUCUGGCUUGAUGGAGAAGACGUAGUUUGCCCUUAUUGUAAUGGUGGUUUCGUUGAAGAAUUUAACGACGAACAUGAUGAAACAGUUCAAGAUGAUUUUAAUCCAGGCACAGAAGAUCUUUCAACGGUGCCUCCAAUUUUUGAAGCCAUGUUUGCAUUAAUGGGGCGAAGAAGCCCUUAUCCAAGAUUUGGUCUUCUCGAAGCUGUUGAUACUUUGACCAGAGAGAGAAUGUCUGGAAGAAAUCCUAACUUCGAUGUUAGGAGGAGAUCUGGUUCUGUCCCAGGGCAGAAUUUAGAUUUUUUCAAUUCUUUUUGGUCAUUCCAUGAACACAUGCCGGGUCCAACCUUCGCCAGUGUCACUCCAGAAGGUAGAUCUAGUCAGCGUACGGGACUGGAAGAAUUAGCUGCACAGCUUUCCUUGGAUGAACACAGGGAACCAGUGCCAACUCCUACUUCUCACUCUUCUAUACAAGCAAUGCCUACAAUCAAGAUUAACCAAAUGCACCUCGGCACCGACUCUCAUUGUCCAGUCUGUAAGGAAAAAUUUGAGCUGGAAUGUGAAGCCAAAGUGUUGCCGUGUAAUCAUAUCUAUCACACUGAUUGCAUUCUUCCUUGGCUGGUCCAACAUAAUACUUGCCCGGUUUGUCGACUUGAGCUGCCUCAGCAGGAAAGUGGACACGGUUGGAGAGGGAACAGUGGCAGCAACAGUGAAGGCCUAAAUGAAAUUACUCAACGAAAUCUGAGGAGGCAUCAAUUCCCAGAUUUUUUUGCCCCUCGUCGAAUAGUCACUCGUUUCAGCAGUGGGAUUCAUAUAAAUGGCUUAUCUACAGAUCGAGAGCAUGAUAACGAUAUGAGUUACCCUGAAUGACCUUCUGAUUGCUAGGUCUAUAACUCUUCUGCUGAGCAUGAUAUGUGAAAGCUCUGUUCUACAACAAAUGAGGUAAUAAGAAAUAAGAAUCAGCUCUAGAGUUGUAAUAUCUAGAGCUGUUUUUUUACUUUUUUUUUUUUUUUUUUUUUUUUUUUUNUUUUUCUCUUUUUUCCUUUUUUGUGUAAAGUGAUAUGAAAAGGAAUCACAUAUCUGCUACUAUGACUUGCACUGGGAAAUAAGGGGGGUCUUAGAGCUGAAAUCAAAUGUAAUUAUAGUUAUAUGUUUCAUGGAUCAAUUGAAGCAAUUUACUUUUUCUGAUUUGUGAGCUUCAAUGGUGAGAAGAUGAUGAUAUUAUAUGGGUAAAGAUUUGAGGAGGAGCAA